AUGGCUGACCAACACGAGGUCGAUCUCGACUCUAUAAUUGACCGGCUGCUCGAGGUCCGAGGCAGCCGACCCGGAAAGCAGGUGCAGCUCCUUGAGACUGAGAUUCGCUAUCUGUGCACCAAGGCCCGUGAGAUUUUCAUCUCCCAGCCCAUCCUCCUGGAGCUGGAGGCCCCCAUCAAGAUUUGCGGCGAUAUUCACGGCCAGUACUAUGAUCUCCUGCGCCUGUUCGAAUAUGGCGGCUUUCCUCCCGAGGCCAACUACCUCUUCCUGGGUGACUACGUCGACCGUGGCAAGCAGUCCCUCGAGACCAUCUGCCUGCUCCUUGCCUACAAGAUCAAGUACCCUGAGAACUUCUUCAUUCUGCGUGGCAAUCACGAGUGCGCCUCCAUCAACCGCAUCUACGGCUUCUACGACGAGUGCAAGAGGCGUUACAACAUCAAGCUUUGGAAGACAUUUACCGACUGCUUCAACUGCUUACCCAUUGCCGCCAUCAUUGACGAGAAGAUCUUCACCAUGCACGGAGGCCUCAGCCCCGAUCUGAACUCGAUGGAGCAGAUCCGUCGCGUCAUGCGUCCCACCGAUAUCCCCGAUUGCGGACUGCUGUGCGAUCUCUUGUGGUCCGAUCCCGACAAGGACAUCACCGGCUGGAGCGAAAACGACCGCGGCGUGUCCUUCACCUUUGGCCCGGACGUGGUGUCGCGCUUCCUGCAAAAGCACGACAUGGACCUCAUCUGCCGCGCUCACCAGGUCGUGGAAGACGGCUACGAAUUCUUCUCCAAGCGCCAGCUCGUCACCCUGUUCAGUGCGCCCAACUACUGCGGCGAGUUUGACAAUGCGGGUGCCAUGAUGAGCGUCGACGAGAGCUUGCUCUGCUCGUUCCAGAUCCUCAAGCCCGCCGAGAAGAAACAAAAGUUCGGACGGCGUUAA